AGAGGCGCCCUCCCACCCUUCCCCCGCUGGCUGGUGGCGUCCAUACACCGAGCGGAGCGGUUACUUUCCCUGCGAAACAGACGGCAGCAGGAGGAGCAGAGACGGUAAUCCCCUCAUCCACCCCACCCACCGCUGUCCACAAACCCGUGCUGGAAAAAAAAAAAAAGAAGGGAACAAAAAACAGGAGGAGCGAGAAAGCGGGACACGUUUUGGAGGUCUUCUGGAGCAGGUCGGGGAGCCGCUACCAGUUGAGGGGGCGCUGGGAGGCAGCAUCAGGACCAGCAGCGUGCGUCGCUCGGAGGACGGAGAUGUAGCAGGUGGUGCAGGGGAGCUGCCGCAUUGUCUGAGCGGUGAUGCUGUCGUCGUCAUUGUGCCAGGAAGAGAAGGAGAGGAGCGGCUUUGACAUGGAGGGAGGCGGCUGUCUGUCGCCCCUGAGCCCCGGCAGCUCGCAUCAGCAGGUUGGACGCCUCGCCUGAGGCCGGGCCGCGCAUGGAGGGAGAAAAUCGCCAAAGAAAAGUUGAAUGUGGAGUUAAAAAUGCAUCGCAGGCUUUCCGUCCGGAUUUAGUUCUGCCGGGCCUUUGCUGGUUCUGAUCCCAGAGCGCCGAUUAAUCAUUGAACAGGCAGUAUUUAGCGUCCGGGUCGCCAAAGAUGACUCACCUACAGGCAGGACUCUCUCCGGAGACGCUGGAGAAGGCCAAGGUGGAGCUGAAGGAGAACCCAGACACGCUCCACCAGGACAUCCAGGAGGUCCGGGACAUGAUCAUCACCCGGCCGGACAUCGGCUUCCUCAGGACAGAUGACGCCUUCAUCCUCAGAUUCCUGCGAGCCAGGAAAUUCAACCACUUUGAGGCGUUCCGGCUGCUGGCUCAGUACUUUGAGUACCGACAGCAGAACCUGGAUAUGUUCAAGAACCUGAAGGCCACGGACCCGGGCAUCAAGCAGGCCCUGAAGGAUGGCUUCCCCGGGGUGCUGUCCAAUCUGGACCGAUACGGCAGGAAGAUCCUGGUCCUGUUCGCAGCCAACUGGGACCAAAGCAGAUACACCUUUGUGGACAUACUGCGAGCCAUUCUCCUCUCUCUGGAGUCGAUGAUCGAAGACCCCGAGCUGCAGGUCAACGGCUUCAUCCUCAUCAUCGACUGGAGCAACUUCACCUUCAAGCAGGCGUCCAAGCUGACGCCCAGCAUGCUGCGGCUCGCCAUCGAGGGGCUCCAGGACAGUUUCCCAGCCCGGUUCGGUGGGAUCCACUUUGUCAACCAGCCGUGGUACAUCCAUGCACUCUACACCGUCAUCAGGCCCUUCCUCAAAGACAAGACCAGGAAGAGGAUCUUCAUGCACGGCAACAACCUCAACAGCCUGCACCAGCUCAUCCACCCGGAGAUCCUGCCGUCCGAGCUGGGCGGGAUGAUGCCGCCCUACGACAUGGGCACCUGGGCGCGGACGCUGCUGGACCACGCCUACGACGAGGAGACGGACUACUGCCCCGAGUCCUACAUGCUGUCCGUCCAGGACCUGGAGAGAGACCUGGACAAGAACAUCUCGCCCAAGACCAUGAAGAGGUCUCAGUCGGUGGUGGAGCCUGGAGUCCUGAAGCGACCCGACAAAGUCAAGAGUGAAGAGGACAACAUGCAGCCGCUGCUCUCGCUGGACUGAACACACACACACACACACACACACACACACCUGUCCGCCGGGAGCAACUGCGCCCUCUGCUGGACUCAAACUUCUUCUGAGCUAUAAAGUAUUUAUUUAUCUAUUUGUCAAGUGCCAAUCCUGAGACUGGACCGGGUUUCAGCGAGCGCCAGGACUCCACCCCACCCCCCCACCCCGCCGCUCCUCUCCCGGAACCCGCACUCUGCCCUUUACAGGACGCGAGCGGCGCGGCGGCUCGUCUGCUUCUGCGCUCCGACCCGGACGCGACAGGCGCCGCUGUCACGGCAGUGAGAGCAGCAGAUGAUCUUUUUUGUACCGCCCGCUGCGCGUCGUUGCUGUGAGUUUCCUUGGUUGAUUUGUUGGGACCAGUUGCAUGUUUUGAUUUCUCCAGUGGUGAGUUUGCUUUCCUCCUCCACACCUCCAUCCUUGAAUCUGCCCGGUAACAGUCAGUCGGUGGCGCUCUCACAGCUAUUGGAGUGUUAAAUCAACACGUUCAGUGCCAAAACCUGCUGGUGUGUGGCGACGCCGGGGCCCAGCUCAGACCUGACACGGGCCUCACUGGGCUCCUCUGAUUGUCCCGGUACUGUCCCGGGGCUUCCUCCUGUGCUGCCUGAACCACCUCUUGUCAGGGCUCUGCUCCAGACCCGGGCAAAGGGGGCCCCUGAGUCGGGCCCCUGGGGGGUCCAUCUUCAACCAUGACACUUCAGCGUAAAGAUGAAUUAUCCGUGAAGACCUCUGCAUGUAUUAUGAUUUUCAAAUGAUAAUAAUAACAGGACAAUUUGGGACGAGCCAUGCCGUUUAUGUUGAGAAAGCGCAGGUUGAACUCCUGGUCCAUGGGCAAGGCGGUUCGUUGUUGAGCGUGAUGAACAGAGAACGUCACGUCCCAUCUGCUGGAAGAGACUUGAGGUCAGGGGGCGGGGCCCGGCUGGCGUAAGAUGGCUGCCAGGGAGGAAGAGUGAGGCGAGCAGCGGAGACAGCGGGACGUUAAACGGACGCACCAGACCGGCCCGUCUGUCUCUCGACACCUCCGCUGCCCAGCUCGGCUGCUUCCUGUGCAAACAGGAAGACGUCUCAAGACGUCGUCCACCCGAGACCUGCAGAAGAGCUGGGUAGACAGACGACUGAUGAAGGGGUGGGGCAGCUUAAAGGAGGUGGUCGGGCGUGGCUAGGAGGAGGCCACGGGGCGGAGCCGGCACGCAGCGCCAAGAUGCUGUGACGGCUUGAUGUUUUACUCAUGAAAUGAAACUCAUGAAAACACUUUUGACAUGGAGUUCUGCACUUUGAAUGUUCUUCUGUGGUGUCAAGUCUCACCUGUCAGUCACCCGCCCUGGCAGCCAUGUUGGAGCGCCGCCAUUGUUCGUCAUCAUUGGCUGUCGACACACUUCAGCUGAACCUAUCUGGAAUAUUUUGUCAGUUUUUAUCGCAACAUUGCCGCAUCUGAGCGGGAAAAGUGGCGUACUGCCGUUGGCACCUCGUCCACAUGAGCCUCUUCACAGCUCUUAGCAUGACAGGAUAUUGGACCUGUCACCAACUCUUCUCUCCGCAGCUAGUCAGCUAUGCUAGCAUUUAACUUUGAAGCCGAAGUCAACGUAUGCAAUGAAUGUAAAGGAACAUCAUGUGUGAAAGAUACACGCAAGAAAUGUCUAUCACCGGAUCAACGUUUAUUAGCGUCGCUGUGUUAGCACUGUUGCUACAUCUGUAUAUUCAGCAACGAAUGUCCGCUUGACGACUAAAAACAGUUACAAUUCAACCUUUGACAGCUCAACACUUGAUUGUUAUGAAUCAAACACUUCGGUUAGCUUAGCGCGGGCGCAGCGUUAGCGCUGAAUGUUCAAUUGAAGCCAUUUUUGUCACUGAUCGUCACAUUUGAAUGUAAACAGACACCAAAAUUUAACGCAGGAAUUCGAUUGAUUGUGGAACAUGUUCACUUUGUUAGCAUCGCAGUUGUGUUAGCUCAAAAAGGGAACCUGAGUCAUGCAACAAAACAUGCCAUAAAUUCAGCUAAAAGUUUCUCCAAAACGGUCCGGUGUUUGUCGCGCCACCUGAGCUAGCCUCCGAGUCACGUGUGGUGUGUCAGCUAUGUUGUUAGCGGAUGCCAGUGGCAGCCUGAGAGGGCGCCGUUUCUGUGUUGUCCUGCAGGUCAGCUUCAACAGUGAUGUUGGCUUAAGUAUAAUCAGGUGGAAAGUAAAACGGCCCAGUAAAGUCGCCCGUCAGAGAUGAGCUGAUGAACAUCGUGUCUCGGAGUGAAGACGACGAGCGAGUCACAUUUACAAGACUUAGUUGGAAGUAACAACGCAGCAAGCUAAUGGGGCUAGCGCUAACAGUAUUAGCAUUUCACGAGGGGUCAUAACGGUGAAUGUUUGCAGCCUUUCAUUUUGAAACAGAACACUGACAUUUUAUCUCUUUCACGUUGCAAAUAAACUGAGUUCAUCUUUGGGUUGUGAUGACGAGCCGACACGUCACUGAAAAUCAUAUUCAACUAUAGCGUAAAGCUGUGUUCUUUUCCACAUCUGUUUUACCUAGCGCUGUGUAUCGCAGACCCUGAAACGACUCCGUGUUUCCUGACAGAAUGAAAGCGUGUGCCACUGUAACCCAAACUCACGGAGGUAGAAUUGUGAUUUGCGAUCUCCUCUCUCUGAACUCUCGACUCACUGACGUUUAUGUGUUAUGAGAUGCUCUUAUUUUGAAGGCUGGUUUCUCACGGACUUCCUCGCAGCCAAAGCCACUUCCUCUCUGAACGUAGGAGCUGAAAUGUAUCAUAUUUCAGGACGUGGUUCCUGUGGUUUCCUGAGCGCACCGUCCAGUCUGUUGAUUUAUUUAUUUAUUGAUUCACUUCUAUUUGAUUGUAUAGUUGCAGUUUAGAGCCGGAGCCGAGCAGAUGUUUUAUGGUGUAAAUGUCCUCGGAGGCAGUUCGAUCAAAUGUAUUAUGUACAAGGAACAAAAAUAAAUCCUGACACACAAAGGCUGCCAAAGGUGUUUUGACUCGAUCCUCUGCGCACAGACGUGCCGGCUGGUUUCCAUCACUCUUGACCAGUACAAACAAGCUCGGACGCAGACUCGUGUCCCACUCACAUUUAUUCAAUCACAAAUCAUCCGUUCUCCUCAGCAGCGCUUCCUCCGGCUCAGGUUUGGCCGCGGGACGUGAAGGAUCUUCACACCUUCACAGUGACGCCGAGCCUGAACCCGCGACCUUCUC